ACUGUCUCUCUAUUUCUCUAUCCAUCUCCUCUUCGCUUCUAGGCUCUGGGUAUUUUUUUCCAACCCUUUCCUGGGUUCUAAUUUGUUUUUGCAGGUUUUGGUGUUCUGGGUUCGUUGAAGCUGUUGUGAGGAUUGAGCUGUCGCAGAUUGUGUUGUGUUUUAGGGUUUGAAUUUUUGCAGAUUUUGUUGGGUUCUUCUGGGUUUAAGGAGCUGGUCCAAUUCUCUUUGUGGGCAUUUCUCUUUUAAUUUGUUUUUGGGUUAGGUCAGUUUCGAGUUUUCUGGGGGUUUUUCUGAAGCUCUUCCAAGGUUUUGGCGGUCUAGGGUUGUUAGAGGUUUUCGUGACGGAUUUGGGUGUGUGUUCUAGGAUUUAUAUCAGAAAAUGGUGAGCCCCAAACCCAGUAAUGGUGAGAGGGUGCCCUGCGAUUUCUGCAGUGGGCAGAUUGCGGUUCUGUACUGCAGAGCUGACUCCGCGAAGCUCUGCUUGUUCUGCGACCAGCACGUUCACUCAGCGAACGCCCUCUCUCGCAAGCAUCUGCGUUCUCAGAUCUGCGAUAACUGCAGUUCAGAGCCCGUUUCAGUCCGGUGCAAUACGGACAAUAUGGUGCUAUGCCAAGAGUGCGAUUGGGACGCCCACGGGAGCUGCUCUGUGUCCGCCGCACACGAUCGGAAGCCGGUGGAGGGUUUCUCUGGCUGCCCCUCGGCGGUGCAGCUCUCCUCCAUCUGGGGUCUCGAUAUCGAGGAGAAGAAGGCCCCGCCGCCGCCGCCGUCCAUGGCGGUGGAUUCGUGGGGGUAUAAGUCCAAUACAUUGACAUUUCAAGACUUAAUGGUGCCGAACGGGAAUGCGGUGGCCUUUCCGGAUGCAUUAGGUGGCGAGGUGUCGAAGAGGCAGAGCCCGAGCUGUGGGAAGCACAAACAAGUGAUAUUCAAACAGUUGGUGGAGUUGUUCAGGAGGGAUUUACUGGCUGGCAAUGGCGGUGGCGGUGGCAGAGUCGGUGAUGAUGAAGAUGAUGGUGGCGGUGGCGUCUGCGGAGGUGGUGAAAAUUUGGUUACGGGUUGGCAGGGGAAUGUAGGGGAAUCUAUUGGUAUAGAAAAUGGUGGAGUAUUGGAUGUUGAUCAUCAGGCAUUGGAGCAGCAAACACCAUUCACAUCUUUGCUUAUGUUACCAAAUCGCGCCACCACCGGCGGAGAGAUUUUGUGGGAUAAUAAUCCCAGUGAUCAAAGCACUCAGAUAUGGGAUUUUCAUUUAGGACGGUCAAGGGGUCAUGAAGAAUGUGGUCUAUUAGAAGCCGAAUAUGGUGUUAAUGAUGCAGGAUUCGUAAUCAAGAGUUACAGUGAGUUUAUGAAAGAAACAUCAUUCACAAAUACGAAGGUGGUGGGGGAAAUGUAUGAUAUAAAUUACUCCAUGACACAUGAAGAUAUCACAUCAUUUAAUAAUAACUCAAAUAACCCAACAGCGAGCCAGGGGGCCGCAACUUCUGAGAGCAACAACUUACCUAUUGCACGGCCGUCAUCAGGUUCAGCUUUUGCUAAACCUAAAAGCUUUAGUGGAUCGAAGGACAUUGAGUUAACAGAACAAUCUAUUCUUAUGAGAGGUGAAAGUGGAAGAACAGCAGCAACGACGAAGGCGGAUUUGGAGCAGCUGGCACAGAAUAGAGGUAAUGCCAUGCUACGUUACAAGGAAAAGAAGAAAACUAGAAGAUAUGAUAAGCAUAUACGGUAUGAGUCAAGGAAGGCAAGGGCUGAUACUAGGAAGCGAGUGAAGGGUCGGUUUGUGAAGGCUACUGAAGCUCCGGAUGGUUGAAGAUGAGCUCCAUAUUGUCUGUAAAUGCUUAAUAUGUUUCUCCCUCUGUCACAUUAAAUAUAUAAUGUAAGGACUCUUAAAUUCUUUUCAUCAAUUACAACCUCUCUCUCUACUA